AUGGGAGUGUGGCGGGGAUACCGAAGAAGGGAACACAAACUCAAGUUGCUGUGAAAGCUUAGCAGGAUGAGGGCAUACUGGCUAGGAAGCAUUUAUUGCCCAUCCCUAAUUGCCCAGAGGGUAGUUAACAUUCAACCACAUUGCUGUGGGUCUGGAGUCACAUGUGGGCCAGACCAGCCAUGACAGUGUUACUGAAGAGGAUUCAUGAUGCCCUGCUUAAAAUGAUCUUUUAUUCCUUUGGGUCUAAGAUUGUAAAGCCCAAAGCCUCCGAUGUCCUAACACAACAUUUACUUCAGAGAAAACUCCCCCAUUGGACAUCGUACUUUGUUAAAUAUAGCUCUGUGGAAAAUGACCAGUUUGGACUCUCCAAUUUCAACUGGAAUGUUAAAGGGAUCAAUUACCACAUCCUCAGGACAGGCUGCUUCCCAUUCAUCAAAUACCACUGUUCCAUGGCACCCAGACGUAACUUGGAACUGGAGAAUACAUUCUUCACUGCAUUGAAAAUUAUUAACCUCGGUAUUCCCUGUUUAGCUUAUGGAAUCGGUGCAUGGUUUCUGAUCAGAGUCACUGAGAUUGUUCACACCAGUUCUGGCCCGGUGAACAUCUACUUUCUCUACCAGGAAGAUGAAGGAGCCAUUCACUAAAUCUCAAACUGCUAGCAACUUGUCUUGAAUUCACAUUCACAACAGGAGGAGACUUGAGAGUCCAUAUGAUAAAUGAAAAAUAAAGUAUUGACCUGUAAUAUUUUUUUAAAAAGCCAGUAGAUUUUUUUGUAAAAGUUUAAAAAACUAGUGUUCUUUGUUAGACUCUUUCAGUUUUGUAAGACAUAUGCAUACAGUUGCACAGCAUGACUUUUAAAUAAGAUAUCACUUCUGAUCCGAGAUUGUUUAGCAAGGUAAUCCUUCUUUAAGUGAACAUUUUACUGAAUAUAGGGUUGAUUUUUUUUCUUCCACACUGAUAUCUGCAAACUUUUUGUCGAUGCAAAAUAAAAAAUUCCUUCAUCACAACAAUCAACCAACCAUCUUUGUAACUGAAGUUGCUAUUUUUAUUUAAAAUAAAAACAGAAAAUAUUGGAAGUACUCAACAGGUCAGACUAUUUGUGGAAAGAAAAAUAGUGUGAUAUUUCAAAGAUUAUGAGCUUCAUUUCUCUCUCAACAGGUGCUGCCAUGGUGCGUCCAGCAUUGUCUGUUUUUAUUUCAGAUUUUCAUCAUUAACAAUAUUUUGAUUUUGCCAUUGGUAACACUGUGAUAAGUGUGGACAAUUUGCUUCUGGGGCUGCACACACUGAGGAUUAUUUUUGUAUAAUACUGUUCACUAUCUCUUGUUGAAAGCAACUCUGUUCUCUUAUUUUCAUUAAAUCUUACUUUGAUUUGAGAUAUUUAAAGUUUUCCCCUAUUUUUGCCUAACCUUUUAUAUCUGCCAACAGUAAAGUCAGAUCGAGUGGGAUAUGAGUUUCAUUACUCUGUUUGCGAGCUUCAUUGAUUUAUUAAAAAGAAACUUGCGAUAAACUAGCAGUAUUUAUUUCCAAUUUCCUAUUGCCCUUGAAGGUGUUGAUGAACCUUCCCAAAUCAUUGCUGUCCAUGCAAUGAAAGUGCCUCCAAAAUGCUGACAGGCAGGGAAUUUUAGGAUUUUGAGCAGUAGCAAUGAAGCUUGUGCCACACUGAUUUGGAGGUCAAGCACAGGAUAGACACCUUCUCAUUUAUAGGCCAGAAAACAUGAACAGGAAGUAGCAUGCCGGAAGCAGUAGAUGCCAUGGAAGUUUGCAGCCCAACAAUAUUAGAAAAGUUUUCAAAAAUAAGGAAGUUAAAUUGUUUUUUUCAUUUGUUUAUAGGAUGUGAGCAUUACUGGCUAGGCCAGCAUUUAUUACCCAUUCCUAAUUGCCCUUGAAAAGAUGGUGAUGAGCUGGAUUCUUGACCCACUGCGGUCACUGGCAGAUACGUAUACCCCCUGUAGGAAUGAAUUAAAUGGAUCAAUUUCAGUUGCAAUGCCUCCAUAAUUGAAUGUGAGGCAAGAAGUAUUGUCCAGGGUCAUUCUGUGACAUUCUUACAAAUAGCAAUGUG